GAGGGGUAAGCUGGGAGCCCGAACCAGUCGCGGGUGUGUGGCGGCGUAUCUCGAUGGGAGUCGCAGUCAAGGCAGGGAGCGCCCGGACCGGGCCUACGCAGGUUAACCUUGAUUUGAACAACUUAUUUGCUUAGAUGAUUCCCGAGUUUCCUGCAUUUAAGAAUAAGUGGCACACUGCACAAGAUUUCAAGAUGAAUUCCUUAAUGGAAACCCCUGAGCUGCCGGCAGUAUUCGAUGGGGUGAAGUUGGCUGCUGUAGCUGCUGUUCUUUACAUUAUUGUCCGCUGCUUGAAUCUGAAGAGCCCAACUGCCCCUCCAGAUCUCAUAUACCAAGACACUCCUUUGUCCCGCUUUCUACUCAAGUCAUGCUCUCUUCUAACCAAAGAGUACAUUCCACCUCUGAUCUGGGGAAAGAGUGGGCACAUCCAGACUGCCCUCUAUGGAAAGAUGGGGAGAGUAAGAUCACCGCAUCCUUAUGGACUUCGCAAGUACCUCACAAUGUCAGAUGGUGCAACAGCAACUUUUGACCUCUUUGAACCAUUGGCUGAAAACUGCAUUAAAGAAGAUAUCACAAUGGUAAUUUGCCCAGGAAUAGCCAAUCACAGUGAGAAGCAGUACAUCCGCACCUUUGUUGACUAUUCCCAGAAGAAUGGCUAUCGAUGUGCUGUGCUAAACCACCUUGGAGCUCUGCCAACUAUUGAGCUGACUUCACCACGCAUGUUCACUUAUGGUUGCACCUGGGAAUUUGGAGCCAUGGUGAACUACAUCAGGAAAACUUAUCCUCAGUCCAAACUGGUUGUUGUGGGCUUCAGCCUCGGUGGAAACAUAGUGUGCAAAUAUCUGGGGGAGAACCAGACUAACCAAGAGGGUGUAUUGUGCUGUGUCAGCGUAUGUCAAGGGUACAGUGCACUGAGGGCACAGGAAACCUUCAUGCAAUGGGAUCAGUGUCGGAGAUUUUACAACUUCCUCAUGGCAGACAACUUGAAGAAAAUCAUAUUGUCUCACAGACACACCUUGUUUGCUGAGAGCUCUAAAAAGCCUCAGUGUUUACUAGAGUCAGACUUGAGCAGACUUCACACAGCAACAUCCCUUAUGCAGAUUGAUGACAGUAUCAUGAGGAAGUUCCAUGGCUACAGCACCUUAAAGGAAUACUAUGAACAAGAGAGCUGCCUGCAGUACUUGCAGAAAAUCUUUGUUCCCCUCUUGCUGGUUAAUGCUGCUGAUGACCCUCUGGUGCACGAUAGUCUCUUAUCAAUACCAAAAGCCCUCUCAGAAAAGCGGGAGAAUGUCAUGUUUGUUUUGCCGUUGCAUGGAGGUCACCUGGGUUUUUUUGAGGGUGCAGUACUCUUUCCUGAACCCCUCACCUGGAUGGAUAAGCUUGUGGUCCAAUAUGCCAAUGCCAUCUGUCAGUGGGAGAAGAAUAAAUCACAAUGCUCCGAUACGGAACAAUCAUCUGGCCAAGAAUAAACAGUUCCAAAGACUUCA